AUGACUAGUACUGCAGAGAUAUACGCAAACUCACCCCGCUUCCGGCGGCGGUCGAGUACUUUCGUCGACGCAAUCCACGAUCUACCUACCAAAGAGGAAAUGGCCCCAGCCCAACUCUAUAGUACAGAAUCAGGCCGCCUUUUCCAUUCCGGUCGAAUAGUCAUCGCCACCUGCGGACUGCCAGCUCGGGGAAAGACACACACAUCUGUUGCCUUAGCCCGCUACCUGCGAUGGCUGGGUGUCAAGACGCACGUGUUUCAUCUUGGCGAUUACCGUCGCGCUACGCUAGGCCCGGAAAACGAUGUGCCCGACGAUUACUUCUUCCUCAAUGCAUCGCCACAAUCUGUUUUGCUACGCAAUAAGAUCUUGAAAAAGUGCCGUGAAGACAUCUACCACUUCCUGGAAAACGACAAGGGCCAAGUGGCCAUCUACGACGCUGUAAAUGCCAUUAGCCAAGGUCGCAGAUCGUUGGCCAAAGAAUUUGCCAAGAAUGGAAUCCAGACAGUCUUCAUCGAAUCACAUUGUACCGAUGAGCGCAUCAUCCAAGAGAACGUCCGUCGUGUCAAGAUCUCUUCACCGGAUUAUCAAGGAUGGAAGGACGAGGAUGCUGUCCACGACUAUCUGGCACGUAUCAAUGCACGGAUACCACACUUCGAGACCAUGGAGGAGCCUGAUUUACAUUGGAUCAAGAUGAUCAACGCUGGCGAGAGAGUGGUAGUGAACAACUGCGCAUUCGGAUAUCUCUCGCAAAGAAUAGUCUUCUAUCUACUCAAUCUCCACAUCAAGUCACGGCAAACAUACUUUGCUCGAGCCGGGACCACGCGAGAGGAAGAUUCUUACAAAGCAGAUGCAAGCCUCUCACCAGAAGGUCAUGAAUACGCUAAGAAGAUGAGUGAGGUGCUCCUGAAGUACCGCGAAGAGGAGAAGCAGAAGCUGAUUGAGUCGGGAGCAACCGAUGCCUCCUUGAAGCCACUGACAAUCUGGACUUCCACACGUCGAAGGACUGUCCAAACGUCAGAGGUUCUGGCUUCUAUGGGCUACCGGGUUAGGCAGCGAUCGCAAAUGAGCCAGAUGAAUCCUGGUGUAUGCGAGAAGAUGUCAGAGGCCAAGAUCCGCGAAGAGUUCCCUGAUGAAGUUACCAAGCACGAAGCAGACCCUUACCACCAUCGGUAUCCGCGCGCAGAGUCGUAUCACGACCUUGCCGUACGCAUGGAACCCAUCAUUCUAGAACUUGAGCGUGAAGAGAAUGACCUUCUCAUCAUCGCUCAUGAGUCUGUCCUUCGUGUACUUUACGGGUACCUGAUGGCAUGUAAUGCGGCCGACAUACCCAAGCUCGAGUUUCCUCGCGAUGAGAUCAUUGAGAUCAUACCCUCAUCCUACAACAACGUGGCAAAACGCAUCAAGAUUCCUGAUUUACCUGAAUCGAUGGUUCCCGGAAGCCCCGAAGAUAUCAAGAUCCCCGUCCCCCCAAGUGGCGCUGUAAGUCCACUAUCUGGCAUGGGUACUCCUCAAGCCGGUUCCGGCACUGCGACACCUCAACAUGGCAUCCAACCUCUGAAUCUGAAGUCACAUAUUAAUCCCUCUUCGUGA